GAGUGUGAUUGCUAUGGAGACUGGUAAACUGUACUGAGCAGGAAGAGCAAAACCAUCAAUAUCGGAUCAGUAAACAUUUAAUGGUUUCGUUAUGAUAGCUAACAUGACUAUUUCCGGUUGACAACAUUACUACACAUGGUUUAUCUAGGAGCUGAAUCUCAAACGUCUGAAUUUCAGUGAAAGAUUCCACAAGCUCCCAGAACAAAAAUGCAGACCAAACGGAGUACCUGGACACCUCUAAAUCAUCAGCUCUCCAAUGCUCAUGUUUUUGAAGAGAGAAGAAAUUUGCUUGGAAAGUGGGUAAAAAAUGCACGUACUUUAAAAAAUGCUAUGUUUGAAAAGUGGACAGAUAGCCAGCGGAAACAGGUGCUACAAGACUGGUUCUCCAGAUGCUCUGCUAGCCAGCUGAAACAUCUCAGACAGACUCUGAGCAGCUGGGUACCAGAGGAAGCCCUUGACUUCACUAGGGUCCUUCCCAGGGUCAUAUCACUAUAUAUAUUUCCAUUCCUUGAUCCCCGAAGCCUCUGUAGAUGUGCUCAGACUGAUAAAGGGAAAAAGUGCUACAAUAAGACAGGAAAACACUAUGAAAGCACCAUCUCGCUCAACAUACAAGCUGCGCAAGGCCAAAUCCUUGAUGUUUUUAUCCUUGGAUCUCAGUGCAGCUGGAAAGCAAAAAACCAAAACAGGCCACAAUGGGCAGCUCAGAACUUAGAAGCACUUCCGGCUAACAAGGACUCCAUGAAGAGACUUUCCCAGACCUCCCAAUGGAAUGCAGGGAUACGUCCUGGUCCUGUAAGGCCUCCAGUGUCCAGACUGAGUAAGGAGGGGCUCCGUGCAUCACAGAGAUCCCAUAGAAGCACACCAACUGUGUCUCUUUUCGAAGGACAGCCAUGAAGGAGAACAUAUGAAGAAUCAAAAGAAGCUUGGCACAUAAGGCCAUCUAUUGGAUAAUGUUGUGAUAGCUACAUGAACGACAUAAAGUGAUUCAUACAAAGUUCAUUUAUUAUCAUGUCUUUAAUUAAAAAUUAUGUCAUAAGCACAAUACAUCCAUUGUUUUUAUAUGAUUAUUUUUUUCUUCCUUGAGUCCCUCAAAUGUGUUAUUGUCCACUAGAUGUCCCUGUCUGCAUAGAAUGUGUGAGUGAGCCAGUGGUUGAAAUGUAUUUUUAUUGUUUACCAUCUUGUUUUCUCUGUAUUCUCAUAUAUAACCUGUGUAUGAGUUUUAAACUGA